AAAUAUAAGAGGGAAAAGCAGAGGAUGAACGGAUAUAAAUAUGCUGGAAAGUAGAAGAACAGAGAUGCCGAUAACGAGAGAGAGAGAAGAGUACGGCCAGUGUCCAGUCAAAUUGGAGCAGAGAUCGAAUAAUGCGCAUUUUAAAUAUGUAUAUAUAGCUCUCUCCUCUGUUUCCUUUUGUUGCCAUAAAAACACAUAGGAAUCGCAUAAAAACUGGGCAACUCAAAAGGCCAAAAGAAGUGAGGCUGCCCCCUCGUCGCCUCACGUCGUCCUAUACUCCUAUCGCUUUGGUGGUGGUGGUGGUGGUGCAUUGUGGCUUUUGGUUUUGCAUUGGGGGUUUGUGGUGGUUGACGCCUGCCUCUUUUACCGGUAUUUCAGUUUAUAAAAACUACCUUUUUUUUGGGAAGUAAAAUAAUAACAACUACCCAGUCUACCCUUUUUCCGUUUCCCAACUUUGGCGACAGACCCACCAAUUCGAUUCUGCUAAACUCCCCGUUUCCUCUCGAAGCGCUAUAUCUAAUAAAGCAUUUCGGGUUCGUCUUCUGUUUGAUGAAUUGCGCCAAAGACACCAGAAGGAGAUGACGAUGAAAGGAAGGAUAUCAAGGAUUGGGAGUUAUGCAAUAGCAUCAUCAAUCAGGGACCGUAACCAACAACCCUGCAUUACUUGCACCACCUUCAACAUCCUCGCACCCAUUUACAAACGCUUCAACCAUAAGGGCCACAGUUGUCGAGAAAGUGAUUAUAGAGCAUAUUGGUUGGCCAGGAACCACAGGAUAUUGGAUUGGUUGUUGUACGAAAAAUCUUCCAUUAUUUGUCUUCAGGAAUUCUGGCUUGGAAACCAAGAGCUUGUAAGUAUAUAUGAGAGGAGGCUGGGUGAUGCCGGUUAUAUUAUUUUUAAACUUGGACGGACCAACAACCGCGGUGAUGGUCUUCUAACUGCGGUGCACAAGGACUAUUUUAGAGUUCUUAACUAUAGAGAAUCGCUCUUCAAUGAUUGUGGAGAUCGUGUUGCUCAAUUGUUACAUGUUGAAUUACUUUCCCCAUUUUCGCAAUCUCGAAGCAAUGAUAUUCAUCAGGAUAUUCUUAUUGUGAACACACACUUGUUAUUUCCUCAUGAUUCAACUCUGUCUCUGGUGCGACUUCAUCAGGUAUAUAAAAUUUUGCAAGAUGUGGAAUCUUAUCAGAAGGAAUACAAGCUUAAUCCUAUGCCCAUCAUACUCUGCGGUGAUUGGAAUGGGAGCAAACGUGGACAUGUUUAUAAAUUUCUAAGAUCUCAAGGGUUUAUAUCUUCAUAUGAUACAGCUCAUCGGUAUUCUGAUGCUGAUGCUCACAAGUGGGUUAGCCAUCGGAAUCAUCGGGGGAACAUUUGUGGUGUGGAUUUUAUAUGGCUUCUUAAUCCUAAUAGAUAUCGAAAACUACUAAAAGCAAGUUGGACAGAAGCUGUGUUUGGCAUGUUUAAGUUUCAGUAUCUAUUACGGAGAGCUUCGCUGACGGAAUAUGAUGCAUUUGCCUUUCUGAAAGCUGAUAAUGACAGUGAUUACAUCACAUAUUCAGGUUUCUGUGAAGCUCUUAGACAGCUUAAUUUGACCGGCCACCAGCAUGGGCUCACUGUUGAAGAGACAAAGGACCUGUGGGUCCAAGCCGACACUGAUGGAGAUGGCGUGCUUGAUUAUAAAGAAUUUCAGCAGCAAAUUUGGAAACCAUCUUGGUCGGAGCAGAGGGACGAGACAAUCAAUGAAGUCCAAGACAACGUCAUGAAGGGUAAUCAAGUGCAGACUGUUGGUUUCAGCGUGAAGAAUGCUGUGCUAUUCCCUCCGGAAGUGGAGAAAGGAAGGUGGCCUGAAAAUUAUUCGCUUUCUGAUCAUGCUCGACUUACAGUUGUUUUCUCACCGAUAGGGAUGCCGUGCUCAAAGUUGAUAUCCUGACCAAACCAAACCCAUAGGGAGCAAGAGUUGGCUAGUGUUGAUAUGCUCGUCAUAACUUGCAUGAGGUGCAAAGUUCGAUUCCUCAUCUCUCAAAAAAAUUAAUAACAUAACCCCACGAUUUAUCAAAAAAAAAAAAAAAAAACACCCCAGAUGCAAUUCUAUAGUGUAUUGAUAUGUAUGGGAAGGGAAAGUGGCCAUUGACAGAUAUUAGAUGGAUACUAAGAUAGUCCACUGAUGAGCCUUUUACUGAAAGUUGUUCAUAUGAUAGGGAGACAAGGUAUUGUGGCACCAAAGUUGUGUGGGACUCGAAACACUAUACAUACAUUCUCAGAGGGUAUAGGGCAGACCGUAGAAAUUAACCUAAUUUCUCUGUUGUGUUAUGUUCUUGCCUUGUUCCUUUCUUUUCAAUUGAGGAGGAACGGAGAGGAUAAGAAAGAUGACUAAGUAGUAGAAAUAGAAGUGUGAAAUUAUAGAAAGGAAAGGAAAAAAAGAAAGACUUGAGAUUAUGUGUA